CAACACCAACCCUAAAUUUCAUUUCUGGGUAUCAAAUAUGAAAGAAAAAAAGUCUUGAAAACCCUAAAUAGAGAGAAUCCGAGAUUCAAUCCACGACCCAUCUCUGUUCGUGUGUGUGUUUUUUCUCAAAAAUUUCAAGAUUUUUUUUCUUGUAUGAUCUUGACGCAACAUCACUACAAGUUUCUUUUUUUCUUUAUUUCGACUUCAGUAUUGAUUUUGAUUCGGUUUUGGGUGUUGAAGAACUUCAAGAUUUGGGUUUCUUGUUGGUGAAAUCUUGAAGAGAUAUGGGGAGGGGAAGAGUGGAACUGAAGAGGAUCGAAAAUAAGAUAAAUCGGCAGGUGACUUUUGCUAAAAGAAGAAAUGGACUUCUGAAGAAAGCCUAUGAACUCUCUGUUCUUUGUGAUGCCGAAGUCGCUCUUAUCAUCUUUUCGAAUCGUGGGAAACUUUAUGAGUUCUGCAGCACCUCCAAUAUGCUCAAGAUGCUCGAAAGGUAUCAGAAUUGCACUUAUAGUUCAAUGGAAGUGAACCGGACUGCUAAUGAUGCCGAGCAAAGCAGCUACAAGGAAUACAUGAAACUAAAAGCCAAAUACGAGUCUCUACAACAAUACCAAAGGCAACUAUUUGGGGAAGAUUUAGGGCCACUAAAUCUAAAAGAACUCGAGCAACUCGAGCGCCAACUUGACUCCACUCUGAGGCAAAUUCGUUCCAUAAGGACUCAAUCAAUGUUGGAUCGUCUUUCUGAUCUUCAAGUAAAGGAAAGGAUGUGGCUUGAAGCUAAUAAAGCUUUGCAGAAUAAGUUGGAAGAAUUUUAUGCAGAAAACCAAGCAGGGCCUUCAUGGGCAGGAGGAGAAAAUGGUAAUUCAUUUGCGCAACAUCAUCAACAUCACCAGGAUCAGCAUCCUCAACCUCAGGGCUUCUUUCAGCCUCUAGACUGCAACUCUAAUUUGCAAAUGGGGUAUUAA